AUGGGCAGCAUCACCACCCCCAACAACCCCCCAACCUACAAAACCCCGUGGCACUCCACGCCCCUCAUCGAAUCCACGACCCUCUCCCGCGCGGCAGGAUGUAGAAUCUUCCUGAAACUCGAAAACAUCCAACCCAGCGGGUCCUUCAAGUCGCGCGCCAUGGGGAACCAAAUCCUCUCACACCUCCGCAAGCCCGAGAACUACCACAAACCCGUGCACUUCUACGCCUCGUCUGGCGGGAACGCCGGUUUGGCCGCCGUCUGCGCGGCCCGGACCCUGGGAUACCCGUGCACGGUGGUGGUGCCUGUUUCCACGAAGCCGCUGAUGGUGCAGAAGCUCCGGAAGGCUGGGGCGGCGGAUGUGAUUCAGUAUGGGGAGACGUUUUCGGAGGCGGGGAUGUAUAUGAAGGAUGUUGUGAUGAAGGGGAACAGUACUGGGGGGAAGGAGAGAGAUGAUGAUGAUGAGGUGGUGAAGAUUGCGCUGCAUCCGUUUGAUAAUGAACCCAUCUGGGCGGGGAAUAGUACGAUUGUGGAUGAAUUGGUGGAGCAGAUUCCUCCGGCUGUGGGGGAGGAGGAAGAGGAGAUGCAUGCUGGUCGUGCGUUGCCGGUGGAUGCGAUUGUUUGUAGUGUUGGGGGUGGGGGGUUGUUGAAUGGGUUGGUGAUGGGGAUUGAGAGGCAUCGGAGUGGGGAUGAUGCGGAUGCGAAGCCGGUGCAUAUUGUGGCCGUGGAGACGAGGGGCACGGAUUCGUUGGCUACGGCGCUGGAGAAGAAGGAGCUGGUCUCGUUGCCCAAGAUCACGUCCCAGGCUACGUCGUUGGGGGCGAUCAGGGUCUCUGAGCGGACGUUCCGGUAUGCGGUUGAGCCGCCGCCCGGGGUGAAGGUGCAUAGUGCGGUGUUUUCGGAUGCGGAGGCCGCGAGGGGAGUGCUUCGGCUUGUGGAUGAUGAGCGGUUGUUGGUUGAGUUGGCUUGUGGGGUUUGUGUCGAGGCGGCGAUUGGGGGGUCGGGGGCAUCGAAGGCCUCCGGGUUGGUGUCUGCAGGGCAGAAGAGGAAGAGGGGAGUUGAGGUGGAGUAUGCGGCCAAGGAUGAAGGGUAUGGUGAUGAUCGGCUGUCUGCGGGGGAGAAUGAGGACGAUGGUCCUUCUCCUCCGUUGUCGCCGUCGUCGUCGGGGGAGUUGCAGUCCAAGCUGAAACAGUUGGUGCCGGGCUUGAAUGCGGAUAGUCGCGUGGUGAUUAUUGUUUGUGGUGGCAGCAAUGUCACGAUUGAUAUGGCGGCGGAGUGGAGGAAAAUGUUGGCUGAGGGCUGGGCGACCUCGGAGUGA